CAAAACCCCGGAUAUUUUAUUUUGAAAGGAAGAGACCCGGAAGUGAUGUUCUUCACUAUGGCUGACUUGUAACAAAAUAACGUCUAUCUCCUUCAUCUCGCGAAGGAGUCGUUGAUCAAGUAUUGUUUAUCUCCAUCAAUCCUGAUCCACUAGCCUGUGGACGUCUGGAUAAACCUCUGACGGGCUUUCAGCUGCUUAACUUUUUUCGGAAUCUUUUUCCUCAGAAUCAUCUCCCGGUGGGAUGCUAAGCUAUUGGGUUAGCUUAGCAUGCUAGCUGGAAACAGACCGAAGUUAGCAGCACAGCGCCAGUCCGAGUUUAACGAGGGGAAACGUGGCUGUGAUUCAGUGAAGAUGUCUAAAGUCCAAAUGCUGAGAUGUUUAUUGAAGCAGCGAAUCACUGAGGCUGCUGAAGAGAUAUUUGGGCUGUUUGAAAGAACGAUAGCAGAGUACGAGGAGGAAGCUUCUAGAUUAAAAGAGGACAACGAGCGACUGAAGAAACAUCUGCACGCUGUUUUGUACCCUGAAGUCCGCAUGCAAAGAUCAGACCUCCAGAAGCUGUUUGUCCUUGAAGAACAGCAGAAGGAUCCCGAGACUCCCACCAUUAAAGAGGAACAGGAGGACCCAGAGCCCCUGCACAUUAAAGAGGAACAGGAGGAUCCAGAGCUUCAAGGGCUGGAGGAAGCUGACAAUAAGGUCUCAUUCACUCUUCUGAAGAGUGAAGAUGAUGAAGAGGAAGUUCAGUCGUCACAUCUUAAUCUGAGACUAAAUGAACAGAUUAAGACAGAAAGUGAUGGAGAGGACUUUGGAGGACCAACACCAGACAGGAACUCUGGUCCAGACACUGAUGAGAAGAAUGGAGACACUUCUGAACCUGAGACUGAGGAUAGUUAUGAUUGGAAUGAAACCAGAGAACUUCAGUCAGGUUUAAACCAUCAUAAUAAUGAAGAUUCUGUCAAUGAUUCAAGAUGUAGAACAAGUGAGAAACCUUUGUUCUGUUCUGAAUGUAAGAAACCCUUUGGCUGCAUUAAAAAGCUGAAGAGACACAUGAUGACCCACACGACAGAGAAACCUUUCAGCUGCUCAGAGUGUGGUAAAUGUUUUACUCAAAAUGGAAGUCUGAAGAGACACAUCAGACGGCACGCAGGGAAGAAACCUUUCAGCUGCUCAGAGUGUGGUAAAUGUUUUACUCAAAAUGGAAGUCUGAAGAGACACAUCAGACGGCACGCAGGGAAGAAACCUUUCAGCUGCUCAGAGUGUGGUAAAUGUUUUACUCAAAAUGGAAGUCUGAAGAGACACAUCAGACGGCACGCAGGGAAGAAACCUUUCUGCUGCUCAGAGUGUGGUAAAUGUUUCAGUACAAGUGGAGAACUGAAAAGACACAUGACAUGUCACACGGGGGAGAAACCUUUCAGCUGCUCACAGUGUAGUAAAUGUUUCAGUGCAAGUGCAGAACUGAAGAGACACAUGAGGUGUCACACAGGGGAGAAACCCUUUAGCUGCUCAGAGUGCGGUAAAUGUUUCACCAUAAGUGGAAAUCUAAAGACUCACAUGAGAUGUCACACAGGGGAGAAACCCUUCAGCUGCUCCGAGUGUGGUAAAUGUUUCACUGUAAAUGGAAGCCUUAAGACUCACAUGAGAUGUCACACAGGAGAGAAACCCUUCAGCUGCUCCGAGUGUGGUAAACGGUUCAUUAUAAGAGGACAUCUGAAGACACACAUGAGAUGUCACACAGGGGAGAAACCUUUCAGUUGCUCAGAGUGUGGUAAAUGUUUCACUGUACGUGGAAAUCUGAAUACACACAUGAGAUAUCAUAUGGGGGAAAAACCUUUCAGAUGUUUAGACUGUGGUAAAUGUUUCACUCAAAGUGGAAGUUUAAAGUCUCAUAUGAGAUGUCACACAGGGGAGAAACAAUUUUCUCCCCUGUGUUUAAUGCAACCAAAUGUUUCCUUGCAUUCAGAACGGGUCAGAACAACAGACUAUGUUAUACUAAUGCAGAUGACACAUAAAUCUACAUAACUAUAUCCAAACCAGGGGCUGGAUAACUACAUUGAACAUAUCAACAACUAGAUUGGUCAAAACCAUCUCCAAUUAAGCAGAAGUAAUGAUUUUUUCUAACCAAGAUGAACCAUUAAAAGUCAGUGCUGAGCUUCAAUCACCGAUGUUAAAAAUAACAAACCAGGCCAGAAAUGUGUAAUUAUUAGGGCCGGGACUUUAGCGCGUUAAUUACGAUUAAUUAAUUACAAUGUGAAUUAAGAUUAAUUAAUUACACAAAAAAUAACACAUUAAACAUUUUUUACGCAUUUUUACACUUAUUUGCACCACGGAACGUUUCUCACUGGAUGAGUUUCGGAGGACCAAUUAUACUGGAGCACCAACUAGUGUUCAUGACUUCAGACAACAACAAACCACAGUGAACAUGAAACGAAGAAGCUGACGAGACCGUGUCGGGUGGCCCCGUGAAUGGGAAAUCUUAUUAUAAUAAACACACGGAUGGAAGCGUCGAUAAGAGCGUGGUUGUGUGCAAGCUAUGCAACAAGGAAUUCACAUCAAGUAUCACCUCAACGCAAAACAAUUAGCAGCUAGCGUGGACGUUAGCCCGACUACGAGUACAAGGACCCACACCCAACCCACACUGCACCAGAUGACUGGUUUAAGGACCAGGAUAACUAAGUCCACGUCUGAAAAAAUAACCAAUGUUCUGAAUGUACUUGAAAGUAUUGGUCUACUUAAAAAAACAUAGUUUACAGAAGGUCUACCUACCUAUAUGCUACCUGAAUUUCUGAAAGUACUAUAGUUCUAAAUAUGCUAUUGCUACACUUGUCUGUUGGAAUUGGUUGAACAAAAAUAAAAAUCCAUGUGAAAAAAAUUACUUCUCACUGUUCUCAGGUCAAAUAUUUAUGCAAUUAAAAUGCGAUUCAUUUUGAUUAAUUAAAAAUUAGAUUAAUAUUUUUAAUCGAGUCCCGGCCCUAAUAAUAUAUAUAUUAUAUUGUAUAUAUAUUGACCUUACAUAUAUUUUUUGAUAAUAUUUUUUUACCUAUUAUUUAAAAAAAAAAAUUCUGUGACAUUUUUUGACCCUACAUAUUUUGACUUUUUUCACAAUAUUUUUUUUCCCAUGACAUGACUGGAAUGAUCUUAGAUGGAGCAACCUACACGUCCCUGUCACUAAUGCCAAAUGCCCCAAAUUUCUGUAGUUUAAACCUUAUCUGGAUUCAACCCUCAAGGGACAUGGUGGCUCUAGUUUUGGGUAACUGACAUUUAUAAAAAAUCAUAAUGGGAUAUUGCCCCAGAGACGGAUUGGUGCAUUUUGGAGGAUCAACCAUGCUAUUCAUCCUUCCUGCAUUGGUAAAGGCACAAGUGAGUUGAAUUUAAAUGUAACAGAGAAUUGGAGGGUGGAUGCACUAAAAAGGGUAAACAAAUCUACACCCUGUGCCAGACUGUCAGUUUAAGGUUGUCCACAGGAUGCCCUGAAUUAGACAAACAUAUGAUUGUCUUGAAAAAUGCCCUCAGAGGCUGUAAUAAGUUUCAUGUCAGUGUGACCACUGAAUGAGACACAUCUGCUCAUCUUUACUGACUCAUCCGGCCUUCUCUCCCGUCAAAAAGGUGGAUCCCUAUAGGCUAUGUAGCAUGGCUAAUAAGUAAUAAAAGCUUAAUUAGCAAUUAACAUCAAAUUUAGUCAAUUCAUCAUCAUUCAAAAGAUUCUUCAUCAUUCUUGACAAUGCCAUCAUAACUCAAGUGAACGCGCCUUGUGUUUCUGCAUAACCCCCAGGGUCCACUUCUCUGAAACAACCAGUGGGGACAAUGCCCCCACAACUACCUCCGCGGUAGUGCGCUCAAGACUUGGCAGCAGUGGGAUUUGAACCCGCUGGUGCUUACAGAGGCUUUUGGCCCCUGCACUCACCCCUACACCACCAGUCCUGGUCACAUUUUGGCAACUUUGAUUCUCCUAUUUAACCUUGAGCAUGUGAGUUAAACUUUAAAACUCUUUUAAAUGCUAUUUCCACAUCUGGACCUGAACCCACAACCUUCAAGUGCAGUGCAGGCUUAUGGAAGCAGCUCUUCUGCUGUGCUACUUCACCACACACUAACCAACCCUUUGUUUCUCGUAUAUAACCUUGAGACUGCUACUCAAACCUCAAAACUCUUUCAAAGCAGAAGUGAUGU